ACAUGGUGACAAUGUCUGUGUGGUAAAUAUUCCGGUAGAUUGUGGUUGCAAUGCCCCAGGAACAAACAAAGAUUGAGUGACACAUCAUUCUUAUUGUUUUCCAUUUUGUCUUUUACUCUUUUGUGACUACACAUUAUAUAAGGUCCUGGAAACAGGCAUUAGUUGUACUGGUAAUCAUUGCUUCAGCUCAGAAUGAAACACACCAUCAUUCUCUUACUGGCUUGUAUGCUGCUCUGCAUUGCCGUCUCUUGUUCAGCCGCUCUGCAGUGUUUCACCUGUAAAGAUCCAGCAGACACCCGCUGCUUAGAACAAACCCUGGAGACCUGCAGUGAUGGAGAGGUGUGUUCCACAAACUCCAGCAGCUCUCUGCAAUCCUCCGUUGUUAAUGACAGAGGACGCAUCCAUUUUAGCAUUUGGGACGUUGACAUUGAUAUCCGCUGGGGAAAAGACCGUACAGCAACCAACCCCAAUGUUGUUUCAAACUCAAGUAUCAAUGAGAGGAUCGUGAAGGGAUGCAUGGAUGACCAUUUUUGUCAGUCAAGCCCCAAAAUGUCUUUGAAUAUCGGUUUCCAUCAAUUCACUUCUUCGUGCUGCAACUCAUCUGGCUGCAACAGUGACACUUUCUCUGACGACCCCCACAAUGGACUUCAGUGUUUUUCUUGCACUGAUCCAGAAGAUGAGGUUUGUAAUCAGGCUGUGACCUGCCAGGGAGUUCAGGAUCACUGUCUUAAUGACACAGUGACAGCAAGUAAUGGUCGGUCUGUGACUCUUCGAGGCUGUGUCUCCAGGAGUAUGUGUGGUUCCGGUUCUGACUCUGGUUCUGUGUCCUGCUGUGAGGGAAGUCUCUGCAACAGAAACAGGGCUAUGAAUUCCGCUCAGCCUGUAGCACUUACAGUCCUCGCUCUGCUAGUUGGGAUAACAACCACCACACUUCUACAAUCAGUCGAUCAAUGAAUAUCUUGAUUGGGGUUUCUUGAGGAUUUGCAUAUUUUUCUAAUGCUGAUUAGUUAUGUGGGCAUCUACUUCUGGGGCUAUCACACUCUGUGUUGUCCAAAGUGUAACAACCUUGUCACUCCCUGACCCACUAGAGUACUGUGGGAUCUGUUGCUUGUUGCUCAUCAGAAGGCUGCUGAUUAUAACAAUUCUGACCAACAAAAGACUACUUGAUGGUGUUGGACAGAAACUCUUCUGAAAUGAUGCAUUUCAUUUAUUAAACUUGGAGGUUGUGUUGAGUGAUGAAAUUAUGGGUACUCUAACUUUCUUUUCUUUUAAUCUAGCCUUUUAGGUUACUGUAAAGCUCUUGGUGGUCUAAGCCGGGUUACUGUAAAGCUCUUGGUGGUCUAAGCCGGGUUACUGUAAAGCUCUUGGUGGUCUAAGCCGGGUUACUGUAAAGCUCUUGGUGGUCUAAGCCGGGUUACUGUAAAGCUCUUGGUGGUCUAAGCCGGGUUACUGUAAAGCUCUUGGUGGUCUAAGCCGGGUUACUGUAAAGCUCUUGGUGGUCUAAGCCGGGUUACUGUAAAGCUCUUGGUGGUCUAAGCCGGGUUACUGUAAAGCUCUUGGUGGUCUAAGCCGGGUUACUGUAAAGCUCUUGGUGGUCUAAGCCGGGUUACUGUAAAGCUCUUGGUGGUCUAAGCCGGGUUACUGUAAAGCUCUUGGUGGUCUAAGCCGGGUUACUGUAAAGCUCUUGGUGGUCUAAGCCGGGUUACUGUAAAGCUCUUGGUGGUCUAUGCCAGGUUUCUGCAAAGCUCUUUGUGGUGUAGGCCAGGCUACUGUAAAGCUCUUUGUGGCCUAGGCCAGGCUACUGUAAAGCUCUUUGUGGUCUAGGCCAGGUUUCUGCAAAGCUCUUUGUGGUCUAGGCCAGGUUCCUGCAAAGCUCUUUGUGGUGUAGGCCAGGUUCCUGUAAAGCUCUUUGUGGUUUAGGCCAGGUUCAUGUAAAGCUAUUUGUGGUGUAGGCCAGGUUCCUGUAAAGCUCUUUGUGGUUUAGGCCAGGUUACUGUAAAGCUCUUUGUGGUGUAGGCCAGGUUCCUGUAAAGCUCUUUGUGGUUUAGGCCAGGUUACUGUAAAGCUCUUUUUGGUCUAGGCCAGGUUACUGUAAAGCUCUUUGUGGUCUAGGCCAGGUUACUGUAAAGCUCUUUGUGGUUUAGGCCAGGUUACUGUAAAGCUCUUUGUGGUGUAGGCCAGGUUACUGUAAAGCUCUUUGUGGUUUAGGCCAGGUUACUGUAAAGCUCUUUGUGGUUUAGGCCAGGUUACUGUAAAGCUCUUUGUGGUUUAGGACAGGUUACUGUAAAGCUCUUUGUGGUGUAGGCCAGGCUACUGUAAAGCUCUUUGUGACAACUGUUGAUGUAAAAGGGACUUACAUUUUAUUGAUUGAUUUAUUGAUUGAUGAAUUAACAAAUGUACAUCAACACUGGCAGUUAAUCAAACAUGUUAAUAAAUAAUAAUAAACAUUCAUACUACUUA